CAUGCUCAGAUCACUCUACAGCCCUGAGAGCUUGCUGUCAUGGCGGCCGCCACGCGUGUGCUCCGGAAAGGCAUCAGCCCGUCUUUAGUGGUGAUUCUAGGAGCCACGGGAACGGGCAAAUCUAAACUGGCUAUCGAGAUCGGGAAAAGGCUUAAUGGGGAAAUUAUAAGCGCCGAUUCCAUGCAGCAGGGGAGUGACACAGUGUCAGAAAAGGGUGGGACUUGUGAAUCAAGGGUGGAGCUUGAGAAACUGGGAGGUCCUGAGCUUCACAGACGGUUAAAGGAGGUGGAUCCUGACAUGGCAGCCAUAUUGCACCCUCAUGAUGCACGCAAGAUCGCAAGGAGUCUGCAGGUUUAUAUGGACACUGGAGUUCCACACAGUCGGCUUUUGGAGGAGCAGCGAGGACAGGAUGGAGGAGAUUGUCUUGGGGGUCCCUUGCGGUUCCAGGACCCUUGCAUCUUCUGGCUGCACUACGAAACGAAUGCUCUGGAUGAGAGGUUGGACAAGCGUGUGGAUCAAAUGUUGUCGCUUGGGCUGAUUGAUGAGCUUAAAGAUUUUCACCAACGCUUCAAUGACAAGAAGAUCAAAGAAAACAGUCAGGACUAUCAGCAUGGCAUAUUCCAGUCUAUUGGCUUUAAAGAGUUUCACGAGUACCUGACAGCAAGUGAGAACAUCAGUCAGGAAGAACGUGACAAACUGAAGAUUAAAGGGAUCGAGUCGCUCAAGCAGGCGACCCGCCGCUACGCCCGAAAACAGAACAAAUGGGUCCGCAACCGAUUCCUCAAGAGACCUGCUAGCAAUGUGCCACCAGUUUACGGUCUGGAUGUGACAGACGUGACCAAUUGGGAGACUACUGUACUUACUCCUGCUCUAGAGAUCCUGGACUGCCUUCAAAAGGGAGAACAACCAUCUGCACAGCCAAUCAGAGCAGAGGGGAUGGAUUCUCGCAACAAGCGGAGUCAUCAUAUGUGCGACCUGUGCGAGAAGGUGAUCAUUGGCGACUUAGAAUGGACGGCACACCAGAAGUCCAGAAACCAUCUUUAUCAAGUCCGCACGAAGAGAAAAGCCGAGCAGGCCUCAGAUCAGGACCCAAACCCUACCAAACAUCCAAAUGUCAGUGACGGGCAGGUACCUGUACUAUAGCGCUCCCCUCUUUGGAUCUAUUGGGGUCGAGCUCACAGAUGGACCAAAGAAAUGAAGUGCUCAAUGUAGCUGCAGUGAUACCUCAACUCUCCCUGUGGAGUAGCAGAACGCACUUCAGGGUCUGUGAUGUUUGGACACCCGGAUUUGACAUUUUUCCCAUCUGCCACAGACCAAGGGGUACGGCUGAUGUCUGGAUUUGGAUUCUUGUGCUGGACAGAUGUCUUCCCCGCUGCUGUUUUGUCUGAGCGGUGCACUUUAUAACCACAUCUAACCGCGUCUGAUGCUCUUUUAAACCACACUGUGGUGAGCUAUGCUAACCUCUUUGGCUGCUCUGACUGAAUUCUAAAUACAUCACUCCUGAUGUUGGAUUACUGGAUCACAUUUUUCCCUGCUGAUCAAGAAUGGAGGUUAUUUUUUCGUUAUUCAUUUGUUGCCAGAUUUUAUUUGGAAGCCUUAACUUUUGUAAUUGUCUGAUCAGUUUGGGUCAGAAUGUAACUAUGACUUCAAGCGGUGGACGUUCUUCCUCAGGAUUGCCAGUGCCUUUGCUUUUUCUGUGAUGACAUCCAACCAAAAACUAAAUUUAUACACCCUCAUGCCGUUCCAAAACCAUUAAUUCUUACAUGGAACAUGAAAGGAGACAUUUUAAAGAAUGUCCAUGCUGCUCUUUUCCAUACAUUGACUUAAUAAAUUAUAAU